AUGACAGCUUCAGCAGGUUCACUCAAGGCUCGUGAGUGGAUUGAGUGUGCAUUGAACGAGGUUGUCAAAGAGGUUGCAAAGGGUACGGACGGAAAGCCGUGCAUCGAGCUGAAAAGGAUCGAAGGCUACGAGGCCAGGGUGGAUAAGCACCUGGCCUCCACCCAGUUCAUGACCAAGGAUCACAAAGUCACGUACUGCUGGCCAGGCAAGACGGCAGAUGAAGCCUGGAGAUUCAGUUGCGUCGUCUCCGUCCUCAAUGCCAUGCAUGCCGCUAUCUGCGCCAACGUCACCGUCACCAAAAGAGACAUCUUCUAUGGCGAGCCAGAACUCUUCGGAGACCAAGUCAUAGUGGACAGUCUUAUCGAUGACAUUGUGCACACUUGCCAGGUUCGAAGGGAAGACUUGCAUGUGACAGCGAGCCCAAAAGGUCUGUUCGUGUCCCCUUGUGCGAACCGCGGUGAGGUGCAGUCGAUAGCCAGCGAUUCUGUUUUCAAGACCUCACCUGCUUGGAUCCUGGUAAUGGAAAAGGAAGCAACCUUUAACUCUCUACAUCAAUCAAACUUCCACCAUUGCCAUCAAGCCGGUCCAGGUUUGCUCGUGACGGGGAAAGGAUACCCUGAUAUCGCUACACGCCAUUUCCUCCGAUGGUGCAUCGGCUCUACAGAUCACGCACCCCAGAUAUUUGGUCUGUUCGACUUCGAUGCGUAUGGCGUAGACAUCCUGAAGACGUACAGGAUAGGCUCAAAAGCGUCUGCAACCGAGCUCCAUAGGAACUUGCCGGAAAUCAAGUGGCUAGGCAUCAAAUCCGAAGAUAUCAUACAGCUUCCCAGCAGCGCCGCCUUGAUGCCACUCACCCAGAAAGAUCGAAGAAAAGCCAUCAAACUGAUAGAGAGUGCUGUCCUCGAGCAAGGCGGCACGGUGGAAGAGUUGCUCGACUGCCGGGAAGAGCUACAGCGAAUGCUGAUGCUCAACAAGAAGGCCGAGAUCCAGGUCUUGGAGGAUCAAUUGUGUCGAUGGGCCGAGCGGAAGAUGCUUGAAGCGAUGAGAGACUCGACUUGA